CGCAGUGUGAUUGCCCAGGAGAAAGGAAGGCGCUCCACUUCCGGGUCAAUCCCUUCGCUCGCCCCGCCCUCGGCCUCCGCCAUGGCGAGUAGCAGUGGCGCCGGGGCGGCGGCGGCGAAUCUGAAUGCGGUGAGGGAGACCAUGGACGUUCUGCUUGAGAUUUCAAGAAUUUUGAAUACUGGAUUAGAUAUGGAAACUCUGUCUAUAUGUGUACGGCUCUGUGAACAAGGAAUUAACCCAGAAGCUUUAUCAUCAGUUAUUAAGGAACUUCGCAAGGCCGCUGAAGCAUUAAAGGCUGCUGAAAAUAUGACAAGCUGACUUUCUGAAGAAAUCCUGGUGAGAUAUGUCAAGCUCUGCAAGAGGAUUGAAGAUUGCAUUAUAGUAAAGAAUGUACAAUGAAAUCACUGCAUGUAGCAGUGUGGAAACUUUGUCCUUUUUAAAAGAAUUAUAAAACCAUAGCUUUAUAAAUCAGUGGAAAGUGGCUUACGGAGAAAACUAUCAGUUGUGUUUACACCACAUCUAAUUUUUUUUUUUAACAGUUCUAAUGCUUUGGCACUGCUGUGUUCAUAUUUAUGUAUUCCUUAUUUAUAGCUCUGAUAGCUUUAAUUUUCUAAGCAGUCUGUCUAUCAGAUGUGCACAUCUGCUGUGCCUGGUUGAAGUAUAGUGGAACCCUUCACUAGUAAUCUUGUAGUUAUGACUUGUUGACAUUUCCAUUAUAAACUUUAAUUUUGAAUUGUUUAUGCAAAGUAACUGGAUUUAUGUUGUAUUAGGCUGGAAGUUGAUAAUUUCGGCUACCAGUUGUGGAUUUUGACUUAGAUUAUUAUGCAUAUCAGAAUCUUGUUUUUUAUAAGAGCAUGGAAAAACAUUUAUUGUAAACUGCUCUUUAACAAAGAAUAUUUAGUUUUUUUAAACAUAAAGUUUGACUGGCAGUUAAUAUUGUGAAGCAGAUCAUAUUUGUAUUGACUGAAAAAUGAAACUUAGAAACUUAGAUUUUAAAAGUAAUGACAGUGCUUAGCUUACUAUUAUUUAUCAUUUGAAUCAUUUAAAUUUAGUGAGAAUAUUAAUAGAGAAUGUUUUUCUCUCUAAUUUUUAUACUCUGUAAAUCACGGCCUUAAAAAUAAUAAUGCAUAAUGAAACAAUUCCAACAUGAAAAGUCUUUUUUACUUCAUUACAUAAAAAUAAUUUGAGUGCUUACUUAAUAGACCUUGAGUGGUUAUCUAGUAAAUCACUAAAUAGACGGUGUCACUCAACAAAUAAUGUUAAUUAUUUUCUGAAGGAAUAAAGGUUUCCAGUCACAACACAAAAACUAAAUAAUCAAGUGUUCUGUAUCAGGAAUUCUAAAUAUGCCUUUCUAAGAUCAUUUUUAUGUGUCAUUAUUUUUACCCUGAACGUUUUAACUAAUUGAAGUGAUGGUGCAAAAUAAAUUUUAAAAAACUUAGGAUAGCAUGGAUUCUGUUCCUAUAACAGAAUCUCAGUGGAAUAUUUUUCCCAAGACUAAUACAAAUUUAAUCUGUUUUUUUAAGACUUUGUUAGCUUCCAUGUAAAUGAUAGUAUAGGGACUUCCCCGGAAAUCCAGUCCAGUGGUUAAGACUCCACCUUCCAAUGUAGGGGGUGUGAGUUUGAUCUCUGGUCAGGGAACUAGGAUCCCACAUGCUGCGGGGUGCAGCCAAAAAUUUUUUUUAAAAAUGAUAGUACAGGCAUAUACUCUUUGGUAGCAUUUUUU